AUGGAGGGAAAGAAAACUAAGGGAAGGCAGAAAAUUGAGAUGAAGAAAAUAGAGAAUGAAGAUGAUCGUCUUAUUACUUUCUCAAAACGUAGAUCUGGUAUCUACAAAAAGGCUAGUGAGUUGGUGACCCUAUGUGGUGCUGAGGUUGGUGUUGUGAUUUUCUCACCAGCCGGAAAGCCCUUUACAUUUGGUCAUCCCUCGGUUGAGUCUGUGGCCAAUCGCUUCUUGAGACAAAACCCACCACCUGGUCAAGGUGACAACACCCAUCCCUUGGUGGAGGCUCACCGGAGGGUGAGAAUCAAUGAGCUCAACCAGCAGUACAAUGAGCUGCUCAGCCUACUCGAAGCCGAGAAGGACCAAGGGAAGGCACUCCAGAAGCUGACAAAGGCAAGGGGAAACAAGGGUUGGUGGGAGGUUCCAACUGAGGAGCUUGGCUAUCAAGAGCUAAAACAAAUGAACGCUCAAUUGGAGGAGCUUCACAAAAACCUGUGCAACCAUAUGAAGGAGAAGGCUUUUGCUGGCGGGGCGCUCCCUUCGUCCUCUACCUAUUUUCCUGGAAAUUCUUCCCAAGGAUCCAUCCCGUUUAUCCCUAAUGCCAGUGAUGCUGAUCCUCCCCUUCCUCCCAGCUAUGGCUAUGGACCAGGGAACUUCUGA